CUUUGUGGAGCAUGGGUCCUUCCGGAGGUCCUUUGAACGAAAACGGCGCGGCAUGAUGACAACCUGGAAGUUUUGACGAAGAAAGAAGAAGUAACGUGUUCUUUUCGCUAUGUUUUCUGCGGAUCAAAGUUGGUUUGUUCGCAAGGUGAUUUACUGGAGGGCUGCAGCCAGCAUAAUUUGGGGCGUCUGGUUGUUGCCACCCCCUACAGCAGUUUUUGUCAUCCUCAGCAGAUUCAGCCUUCUCUCCCCAAUCCAGACCCUAUCAGAAUGUUUGACCGUCAUGACAAGCGACAGUGCCUUUUUGUCCUAUGUCCUGCUGUGCAGUGUCACCAUCAUGGUGGGCUUCCUCAUCUUUGAACAUUAUUCAGUCAUCCCCACCGUCGCCUGCUCCAGAAUUGCGCUGUUGGGUCAGCUGCUGCACCCAUGUCACGUGGCCAACUCCCUGCUCCACUGCGUCCUAGGCGUUAUCGUGGCCUGGUGCGCCGCCACCGCCAUUGGGGGCCGCUACGAGAUGCUGACCUACCCUUGCAGCCUCCAAGACGUUCCUCCUCGGGUGUGUUUGAAUGAGUACCAACUCAUCCUUUUGCUGGCGGGCGCUUUCGUGGGUUUCUCCCACAACCUUUUUGGCGUCAUCCAUAACAUGAACUAUGUGUCUUUCCACCCAGUUCAGCAAUACAAGUACCUUCGCUUUAAGGGUUCCUUGGCGCUGGUGGUGAAGCGCAGUGCCGUUCAAGCUCUUUACUCUAUCAGGAAUUACAUUCUCAUCUAUUUCUUUUUGGGUUACAUCCCAAGAGAGUGGAUCUGUAAAAUGUUUAACCUUCACUUAAACAGUUCCACCCACCGUCUGGACACCAUCAGUGGGCUUGUGGACUUGUCCCUCCUCUACCACCUGUGGACCAGCGCCACCUUCCUGCUCUUCACCUGGUACACAUCCUUGCUCCUCUUCAGGAUAUUUAUCACGGAGGGCUACAGUUUCCCAGUGCAGUCGUCGUUCACCGAGGAAGUUCACCAGUGUCUUCCAAGAGUUCUUUCUGACCCAGCGCCGGCUAUUUUAAAGUUCCUAGCCCUGCAGGACUUGGCUUCGCUCUCUCAGCACUCGCCAUCGCGACGCAGCGAGGUGUUCGGCCUCAGUCAGCCAGGUGGACAUCCUCAUAACUGGAUUGCCAUCAGCAAGGAGUGUCAGUCGCUUCUGGCAGAUCUGACCCAGCGUCUGGUCACGUACCACGACCGCGUGGCCACCAACGGCAGGGCUAAGUCACUUCCGCCGGGAAGCGGCGAACUGAAGUCCUCGUCGGACUCAUCCUCGGUAACCUCGAGUGCGGAAGAUCUGAUGAGUCCAAGAGCCAGAAACGUCUCGAUCAAAACUCCAGAUUCCGUCUUUGCCCGGAACGGGCCAAGCCCCAUGACGGCGCCGUUCACCCCGCCCCAGCAGGACAACCUUUUUGCCUCGCCCGCCCUACGGCGUCUCACAGCGUCUGUACACCAGGGCUCGCCGUGGUACGGCUCAGUGCAGAGCCCCCAUGUUAUGAGGAUGUCCCCCAAACUGUGGCCCAUCUCAGAUUUCUACUCUGGCAGCCCCGCGUCGUCCCCCAUCCUGCUGCGCCUUUUGGCCCAGUUCCUCCGCAACAGGAAAGAGCAGGUUAAAAGCUUCCUGUCCAAGCGUGUGCUGAUUGCGUAUUUGUUCAAGAAGCUUCCAGAAGCCUCCGGUGAAGCACUGUUUGCCGACAGCCAAGCCCACAUUUGGGCAUUAGAGGGACUAUCCAACUUGGUUCAAGCCUCCUUCACAGAGGACCACUUUGGCGUAGUUCAAACUAACUUAUCCAGCAUCCUUAGCAGUAUGCUGCUCCUGCAAGAGGCAGUGGACCGACACUUCAAGCUGCCGCACGCCUCCACCAAGCCCGUGCAGACGGCGAGUGGCAUGGGCGAGCCGACUUACAAGACGCUGCGCUUCGCUCUCAGGGCCGCGCUCAAGACGGCCAUCUACAGAAUCACCACCACCUUUGGAGAGCACCUCAAUGCUGUGCAUAUGUCCGCAGAGCACCGCAAGAGGCUGCAGCUUUUCCUGCACUACAAGGAAUAACUUUAAUAUACAUAUUGUUGCAUUAUGCUGAUACAGAGCACGUUCUGCUUUUAUUUUAUCACAGGUCAGACGCCUGUUUGUACAUACUCGUUUGUUUAAAUAAAAGGUGUAAAAAAAAAAUCAUCUCCGGUUCUCAAUGCAAAUUUUAAUAAUGCAAGCAAAGUUGCAUUUUGCAGUGGCAGAGAAGCGUGACUCGCCGAUGGAAGAGUGUAUCGAGGUGAGAGGAGUUUGUGUUUAUUCGGGAAUGUUUUAAUGGGGGUUGUUCUUCCACAGCAAUUUUACUCAAUCACACUGCAAUAGAAACAAGUCUCCUGAAUUCAAAUGGUGUUCCAGCAAAUUCGGAAAAACGUGUAUCAAAAGAAAGAUUUUUUGCCCUGUACUUUGACUCUCUCAAAAUAACAAACCUAGCAACAAGCAAUGCGUAGAACCAAGAUAUCAAUUGCUUUCAGGAGACAUUUGUUCAUCCUUGUUUUAUUGCACAAAUUCUUCAACAGAUUUCCAACAGAACCAGGAGACAUCUCAGAAAUCUUAAGCCUUUAGGUGGCAAAAUUCUCAAAAUGAAAUACAGUACUGUGUACAAUGGACAGUCUUAGGCGAGCAGAAGAAAUAGUUGCACAUCGGAUCUGUAUCGAAUAUAAACCUCUGCAUCUUUAACCAAUCAAAUGUGUGACAUCAAACAGCAUCUUCUAAAUGUUGAUUUAUUAUUUUUUUUUACAGUUUUCAUAUUUAUAUAUGUACAAUUCAUCUAAGAGUUCUCAGAAAAACGAGAAAAAACACCAGGCUUCAGUUGCUCUCACAGCACAAACAACGGGCAAGCACAAUGUCUAAUGAAACCACCGAAUUUUGCGGUGAACCUUUUACAAGAACUGUGCUGAAUCUGAUCAGGUUGAGUAAAAUAAAAGUUUCCAUCCGUGGCGCAUGCAGUGAAGGUGAGCAUAAUGCUUCCUGUCAAAGAUGUGAA